UAUUAGGAUAUCACACGAUGUCGUCUAACAUGUCCACAUCACGGUUCAUUGUGUUCUGUGGAGUAGCGUUAGCUACAAUGCUGGCUGGUUCGCAGUGGGUUCAUAAUAUCUACAAACCGCUUGAUGAUCUAGAGGACCUUGUCGAACAGAAACUAAAAGAGAGGCGGGAGGAACUGCAGAAGAAAUAGUACUACAGAAGAAUGUAUAUAGUGUAAUAAAUUAUUGUUGUUUUUAUGAACGAA